AUGGAUAGAGGUAGGAGUGGUGGACUCGGUGGUGCUAGCACGGCACAAUCAAAUGUUGGAUAUUCUGUUCACCCAGCCGCGAGUUCGAUGUUAGAAACGGCUGAAAGAUUGGCAAAGGCCUAUGCCAGAGAGCCUGAAAAGGUGAAGUGCAUGUUACAAAAUCUGCAGACUUAUGGUGUUUGGGUGAUUAUAGCUCAUUUCUUGUUUAAGUUGAUGGAUCGACAAGCGGCGGAGAGUGCGGCUAACAGCACUGCGGGACUAUUUGACCUGGCGGGGAUGACAGACUCGGGAAGUAGUGACCAAGCGUUGGGGGUGCGUUUAGGUAAACUCGUGGAUGCUGUAAAGAA